GGCCGCGGGCGCCCAGGAGCGCGUCUCGGGCUGGAGCUCAGGGCCCACGGAGCUAGCCACCCUCAGCAUUCAUCCGCGCAGCCAUGGAGGCCCUGGGUCCUGGGGGUGACCGCGCCUCGCCAGCCUCAUCCACUCGCAGCUUGGAACUGCGGCGGCUGUCCGCGCACGCCGACUCGGCCUACAGCUCUUUCUCCGCGGCCUCGGGCUGUCCCGAGCCGCACACGCCAUCGCCUGGGACCGACCUCCUUCCUUACCUAGACUGGGACUACGUGCGCGUGGUGUGGGGCGGCCCGGCCCCGGCCCCGGCCCCGGCCCCGGCCCCAUCCGCCGCUGGCCUCCGCGCAUCCCCACAGCCCCGGCCUGCGGCCGCCGCACGCAGUGGGCCGCGUCCCCCAGAGCUCCAGGGGACCCCAGGGCCUCUCAGCCGGCAGGCCACCCCGCUGCUGUACGCGCUGGCGGCCGAGGCGGAGGCCGCGGCGCGAGCCGCCGAGCCGCCCAGCCCACCGGCCUCGCGGGCCGCCUACCGCCAGCGGCUGCAGGGCGCGCAGCGGCGAGUGCUCCGGGAGACGUCCUUCCAGCGCAAGGAGCUCCGCAUGAGCCUGCCCGCCCGCCUGCGGCCCACGGCCCCCGCGCGGCCCCCCGCGGCGCACCUGCGCUCCGCGUCGCUCAGCCACCCGGGCGGGGAGGUGGAGCCGGCGCCCUCCGGGGCUCCCGCGCCAGGAACCGCCGGUCGGGGGCGCCUCGCCAACCACCAGCGGAAGUGGUGCUUCUCGGAGCCAGGGAAGCUGGAUCGCGUGGGUCGGGGCGGUGGGUUGGCGGGGGAAUGUUCGGGUGAGGCCUGCUCCAGCUCUGGUCUCUCCAGGCCCGAGCCCCAGGUAUUGCAGCAUCAGGCCCUGGCAGAGUUCGGAGGUCACCAGAUCAGAUGGCUGCCUGAGACCCAGCCCAGAGGCAUAGAGGACCAAGAACCCGGGCCCUCGAAGCUUGGCAAUGUCUACAGGCCUGCUAGUCGGAGUCGGAGCGCUUCAGGGGAAGCCUUGGCUCCUUGGGGAGGUCCAGGAGAGGUCAUGCCCAUUGUCCAGGCUGUACCCCAAGGAACGGAAACCCCCACACCAUUGUUUCAGACCAAACUUUCCAGGUUCCUGACUCAGAAGGAAGCUGCAGUGGUGUGUCCUGCAGAGGACCCCCAGAGCAGUCCCGUUGACUGUGAGCAGAGGGUCUCAGAGACCUGCAUUGUAUCUGCCCGGCUCCCAUCCCUUCCUGAUGAUGAAGUUUUCCUGGAAGAAGCCCCACUGGUCAGAAUGAGAUCACCUCCAGACUCUCAUGCCCCUACGGGGCUCCCAACCAGUGUGCAUGCCUCUGAGCAGCAGUAUGGAGCUGGCUUGGGCCAAAGGGCUGACCAGGCUACCGUCCCCCCAGAGCACCCCCUCCAUGAGUGCCCAGGGGCCGCAGGGGCAGAUGACUGCUGGCAGGGGUUAAACGGUUCUGUGGGUGUCUCCAGGCCCACAUGCUGUAGCCCCCCUGGGACUGCAAAUGGUGACAUCCCAACCUUUGACAGCACUGGACUGCUGACCACUGACCCCUCCGCAGUUGCAGAAAGUGACCCCCUCAAACCUCUUCCAGUUGAAGCCCUGGGACCUCCAGGCAAGGACACGCCGGGGCUUCCGGACCACACUGCCCUGGCUUGGGGGACUGGCCAGCCUGGUUUCAGGCCAACAUGGCCCAGUCCACGCCUCGAGGAACUGGUUCAGGAGCUGGCCAGACUGGAUCCCUCUCUGAGUGACACUCUCACCUCCUACCCCAGCCCAGAGCCACCCCUGGGCCUGCUGGAUGGGCUGAUUCCUUUAGCUGAGGUCUGGGCUGCAAUGAGGCCAGCCUGUGGGGAGGCUGGAGAGGAAACUGCUGGUACUUCUGAGCCAGGGUCCUGUCUUUUGAGCUCCACCCAGAUCCUGCCAACUUCUCAGGAGGAGACAAAACCUGAAAACCUUACCAUCCACCCUGUGGCUGACCAGCCAUGUGGCCAGGGUCUCCCUGAGCAAAAUAACAGCAUCCAAGCCAAGAAAGUGGAGCUGGCCGACCUCCUCCAAAAGAUGCUGGGGGACCUUCAGGCCGAGCAGGAGCAGCUGCAGGGGGCGGCCCAGGCUUUGGCCAGGCGCGGGGCUGCUCUGGAGGCCGCGGUAGGCCAGGCCUGUGCGCCCCGCGAGCUAGAGCGUUUCAGCCGGUUCAUGGCCGACUUAGAGCGCGUGCUUGGCCUCCUGCUGCUGCUGGGCAGUCGCCUGGCCCGCGUGCGCCGCGCCCUGGCCCGGGCGGGCGCAGACAGCGACCCCGAGGAGCAGGCCUCUCUGCUGCAGCGACUCGGGCUCCUGCAGCGACAGCAGGAGGACGCCAAGGAGCUGAAGGAGCACGUGGCGCGGCGCGAGCGGGCCCUGCGCGAGGUGCUGGUGCGCGUGCUGCCCGCCGAGCAGCUGCGCGCUUACUGCUCCCUGCUGGCGGACAAGGCCGCUGUCCUGGCCCAGCAGCGCAGCCUGGAUGAGCGUGUCGGGCUCCUUCAGGACCAACUGGACGCCAUCAGGAGCGACCUUGCCCAUCGUCCCCGGCCUCCCAGGCCGGCCUGGCCCCCAGGGACCCGUCCUCCCGAUAAACUGCCCUACCCGCCUCCCCUCAUAUAGUUGCAGGGGUGGGGGUUGGGGAACACUGUCCCUGCCUCUCACCCACAUAAGUGGGGGUGACGCUGGUUUAUUCCGUGCUUUUCCCUUGAGGUGGGGAGGACUCGGCCAGGCCUUCCCAGGAUACCUCUUACAAGUGUUCUCAUGUGGCCUUACGCAAAUCUUGUGGAUUAUUUGGUAAUUAACUAUGGAUUUUAAAAACUGCAGUAUUCCCCCUUUUUGUGAUGAGAGAGUGGCUUGUCAGGGUUGAUUGGAGGGGGAGGAGACAAGUCAGAGGUGCACUUCAACUUAAGAUGCAAAACAGCCUCUUUUUUUCCUCUCAAUAAAAAUUGAUGUGAGAAGUGUA